AUGGCAUCUAUAGCACAUACUGCACCACGAUCGGUCUCUUCUACAGAUGAACAAAACAUGGCAUCUAUGGCACACACUGCACCACGAUCGGUCUCUUCUACGGAUGAACAAAAUAUGGCAUCUAUAACAUCUAUCGAUUGCAUUGAUUUUAAUAAUUUAGCACCAAUGUUUGUUCAAGCAAUGAAAUCAGCACUAGCUAGAGAAUGUGCAAGACAUCUCAGAAUUGCUGAUAUUAACGCUAGUGAUGCGAAGAAGAAAGAUGAUAUCACCAAUAUUUUUGAGCCACAAUUAAAGCAAGUUAAAAGGGAUCAUUUGUUCAAAAACAAAUCGUCUUGGAAUUCUCUAAAAGAAUAUAUUGUUGAAGUCACAUUAAACAUGAUCUGUUUCUUUGUGCGUAAAAAUGUUGACCAUGCAAUUUACAAUAAUGCUAUGAAGGUCCAACGAGCAGGAUGGCAAAAUGCAAUGCUGGUUGAUUUGCAUACUCUUGAUCAUAUUACAGUUGAUAUACAUAUUAUUUCUGAGAGUAGAACGACAUUAGCACAAGAUAUAGAUAUUCGUAGUUAUGUAACCUUGUAA